AUGUUAGGUGAUGAUCACGAUCAUAGCAAAUUAGAUGUUAACAAAAUAGUGAAGAUGUAGAAUUUUAUUUUCUUUGUCUUUGCUUAUUGUACUAAAAAAGUAUAUGAAAACGAUACUUGUGUAGAUGAUUCCAAAGAAAUGUUUCUUAAUUGGGUACUUUACGGCAAUUUAGCAAUUUGUUUGAUUCUUUUAAUUGGAUACUUUCUAAGCAAAGUUCCAUCAAUAUACACUUUCUUGAAUAGAUGUGGUGCAGUUUGUGUAACAAUAUAAAUGUAUAUUUUCUAUGGCUCUCUAGUAAUCUUUCACUUCACAUCUAUGAUCUAUGGAAUAUCCAAACAUUUCUGGUCUAAGCCCACAGAAUGCAAAGAAUUACAGUUAUUCUUGAUGGUUUGCGCUUAUGUUUACGUUGUCUGGAUAUUCAUGUACAUUUAUGCUUUCCUUAUGAAACUUGUAUAGAGAUUUUUUCCAGAAUAACCUAAUUAUAAUGCAUUUUUGUCAGGAGGCACUGUUUAAAGCAACUACUGA